AUGCCGAGGUCUCUUUCGGAGGAGGACCCAUGCCUAGGCCGCAUCGUCGCCGACGCCGGCGGGGCUUUCGCCGUGGGCGCCGUGGGAGGCUCCGUCUUCCACUUCAUCAAGGGCGCCCGCGACUCGCCCAGCGGCGCCAGGAUGACCGGUGGCGCGCAGGCGCUGCGCAUGAACGCCCCGCGAGUCGGCGGCUCCUUCGCCGUCUGGGGCGGCCUCUUCUCCGCCUUCAACUACGCCGCCGUCUACGCGCGCCAGAAGGACGACCCCUGGAACUCCAUCGCCGCCGGUGCCGCCGCCGGCGGCCUGCUCUCCGUGCGCCAGGGCCUCAGAGCUGCUGCGAAGUCGGCCGCGUCCGGCGCCGCCCUCCUCGCGCUCGUCGAGGGUAUGGGCAUCCUAGCCAACCGAGCACAGGCCGCGCAGGCUCAGCGGAACCGGCCACAAGUCCACAACCCCACCUUGGCCGCCGCCAUUGCCGCACGGCAGAACCUACCGCAAGUCGACGACCCCAUCUUCUCCGCACCCGUUACCAACCGCGGGGGCGUCCACGACCCCGACUUGGUUGACGCCGAAGCCAACCGCCUCCAUGACGCACAGCAGAACCUACCGCCCGUCGACGACCCUGCCAUUGCAGCACAAUGA